CACAUUAGCUCAAUUGUUAAGAGGGAUAUAGAAUAAAAAAAAGACGAAAUAUAAAAUAUCCCAGCCCUCGACCCGCCUCCUUCAGCCUCAGCGCCUCCCUCCGCCGACUUUGCAGACUUGCAGUAGCAACAGUUUCCAACGCUCAAUUUCCGGUAUUGCAGGGAUGCACAUUGCUGGUUUAACUUCCAUGGAGAACAUACCGUUUAAAGUUGGACAACUGGCUGAAUUAAGGUCCUUUUGUUCUGGUUAUCGUGGUGCGUGGUUUCGAUGCAAGAUUAGAGAGAUCACCAAGAGAAAAGGAAUACUUCAUCAUUUAUUGGAAUAUUAUGACUACCCGGAUGAAAAAUUAAGAUGGACUAAGCUAUAUCAGAUACCCCUUCAUGGUAAGGGGAACACGAAAGAGAAACGUAGAGAAUUAAUUCUGAGGCCACAGUACCCUACUUUAUAUAAUGAAAAGCAAAUGCCUCAUGUCAGUGAGAUCUCAGAAGUUAUAGUAAUUGUCUGUGAUUCCUGGAAGGUGGGUGAUUUGGUUGACUGGAUGAAUAGUGGCUGUUUAUGGUGUGGAAGAAUAUCACAAGUAUUUGACGAUCAAGAGGCGCAGAUUGAGUUGAGACCACCACCUCAUGGUGAAGGUUUGUCUUAUAGAGUACUUCUCAAGGAUUUACGCCCAUCUUUAGACUGGUCUACUGCACAUGGUUGGACAUUACCUACUCAGGAAGAUGGUACAGGUCACCCUUGUGCUCGCCUUAUUAAACCAAUAAAUCAAGGACAAAAAUGGUACCCUUUACUCGAAUGACAAAUAAAUGAACUUGGAAAAUAAUUAAAGAAAAUUCGCACCGACCAAGUUGACUGUAAGAAGGAGAAUCGUGACUUGAAGAAAUGUAAGGUUGAUUUAGAUAAGGUAAUUGAAAGCUUAAAAGAAAUAAUGGUGUCCCAUAAGCAAGAUGCUAGAAAGCUUCAGGAUACACUUGAGCACUUUGGAGGCUGGUAGUGCUCAAGUAAAGGACCUUGAGUCAUAAAUCGAGGUGUUGAAGGACAGCAUGAAAGAUGUUGGGUUAGAUAGUGAGGUCAUGAUUCGUGACAAGAUGUAUCAAAAGUUUUUUACAGCAAGACAAAUUAGUGGGACACAGAGGGGUGUAUCUGUGCGAGGCAGGAGCUGUUACAUAUGUGCUUCAUCUUUACUUGGUAUGAAUGAAUUGAUGUUUUCCUUUAAGAACUCAUUUGAUCCUACCUUGCACGGAUGCAGGUGUCCCAUUUAUUUGUCUUGACAUCAAGAAACUCUUGAUAAAUUUCGCCACAAAUCACAACCUCAAUAUCUAACCCAAUAUCUUUCAUGCUGUCAUUUAACACCUCAAUCUUAAACUCAAUGUCCUUUAGGCAAGCACUAACAGCUUCCAAAUGCUUAAGUGUAUCAUGAAGCUUUCUAGCAUCUUGCUCAUCGAACACCAUUAUUUCCUUAAAGCUUUCAAUCACCUUCUACAAAUUAACUUUGCAUUUUAUGAUGUCAUGAUUCUCUUUCUUGCAGUCAACUUGCUCUGAGCGAAUUUGCUUCAAUUGUUUCCCAAGUUCUUUUACUUUGUCCUUCAAGUAAAAAAUACGAUAUGUGCCCUAUAAGAUAGAACAAACAACAUGACAAACAAUUAUAAAAUAAAAUGAGCAAAAUGAAAAGAAACGUCAAGAAGAAGAAAUACGUGCAAAAUGAACCUAUCAAAAUGAGUGUGAAACAAUAGUCUUCAUAGCCGCAUCAAUACCAACAGCCUCCAAGAGAGCAUGAUCCUCGGACAGCGGAACACAAAACGUAGAAGCAUCCACAUAAAACUUAAUAAUGGCUAAGCUACUUGACCGACCAGCAACGUUUGGUAACGCAAAUCGCUUGCUUUUAUCAACAUACGGGGGUGUGGGCACCAAAUCUAAGAGGGCACCAAUUGGUUUCUUGCGUGAGCUAACUAUGAUUUUCUUUUGUUGGAUGUGUUCAUAAGCAGCAUGACCACCCUGGAGGUUGUAGAAUGAAAUUUUCGCCGUCAAUUGGUCAACAAAUAUGCGUUCAACAAUGGUCAAUUCAAAUAAUAGUGGAAAAUCUUUCACCUUUCCUUAUAAUUUCCAAAGUACUGACUAUUAGAGCAAUACAAAAUUGAGCAUGACUAGGUGGAUGAACAAUACCUUCAGUACGGAUAGGAACCUCACGCCACAAAGAAGAUUCCCUAAGAUUUUUCUUUGAUAAGAUCACCCAUAAUCACGAUCUUCCUCCAAAAACAAGUAAAAUCAUUGCGCUAGUCUGGAAACCUAGAUAUAACUAAAGGCCUCUCCCUGAUCCGAUCUGCACAACAAACGAAUGUAAAAUCAUUAGAUAGCAAUUGUAUAGCAACAUGCUUCAUAACAAGCAGACGGAACCUUGUAACCAGCUUGGACCCCUAAAGCUUUGACACUGAUAAUGAAAUAUUUUUCUUUC